UCUAUUUUCUGUUUAAAUUCUGAGCACGCACACGAGCAAUUACAGCCAGUGAAGCACACAAACCAGCCCUGUGGCACCAGUGGCGAAGUCUGACAGCGAUAGGCACCGAGCCAACGAUGACGAAGCCCUUCGCUGAUGUCACUGAAGGGUGAGUGGGUGCCUCUUUUCUUUUUUUCGCCCCCCUUUUUCUUGCACUUUUCUCGCAUUGCAGCCCCCAGGUGUCCUUCAGUGACCUUGGAGCUGUAACUGAACAGAGCUACAGUGAUCGUAUUAAGCGUGUCCAAUCUGCUUACGUGACGCCAAAUCAAAUCAAGCAGCAGUAUCUGUCAGCACUCGCACAAUCGUUUGAUGACCGAUUGCCGCCGCGGUCCCGUACUCGGAGCGCUCUCUCUGCCCGGUAAUCCUUGUGUCAGGUGUUAACACUUGCCAUAAUUGUGUUUUUGAUCCCCCGUGAGGUCUGAUCUUCUUUUUUAUUUUUAGCGAUCGUGCUAAUGAGCGAGAUAAAACAACACCUUAAAUUUGUAACUACACCCUUCCUUCCCUGUGUCCUGACUCCCGUGUGUAACGAAACGCAGUAAUUAGGCCAUAUUCAUGUGCACAGUUAUUCCAGCUCAGCUCUGUGUAAGAGUUUCUGGGCGGUUCUUGGUUCAGACCAAUGAAUCGCCUUCUCUGUUUAAAUAGUCCUUGAUGUCAACUUUUCUUCUACACUCCGAGCUGCCUCUAACGCCAUGUUGGCUCUUAUGACUUGAUGUGUUUUCAUCUGCCUUACUACGGAGUUGACAGGAGUGGCUGUGUUAAAUCCCCCCUCCUCUUCCUCCACACACCCACCCAGCCAGCCUCCCGUGCGCCUUCGGAGACGCUUUUUCCCCCCACCUCUGUAUUUUUUUUUUUAUUUUUUUUGGAUGAUACGCGCGGAGCAUGCAUGCAUCAUUCCCGUGACUGUCCGUUUGAAAGGAAUACUAUUUCGGAAGCAGCGAUUUGAAGCACGAGUGUGUUGUUUUUCGUCGUCGUAUGUGCAACAAAAUGUCAGAUGUUCGCCUUUCUAACGCGAGCCCGGUGGAGAGGGUGGAUGCUCGGCAGCAGGACAACGUCAGACCUUCGGUUCGCAGAAAUCUUUUCGGUAGACCGGACCCAGACGAGAUCCGCAGGGAUGCGGAGAAUUCGGAGCGAGAGGAGGUGCAGCGUUUCAGGGAGACUUACGAUUUCGAUCUGGUGGAAGGCAGGCCGCUCGCUCCGCGCAGUUACGACUGGGUGCAAGACGACGACGCACCGGAAUUUUAUAGCAGGCAGCCUCACAGCAGACCGAGAGGCUCUCCCGGAGACAGCAACCGGUUGGAUAACGACGGCGGUGAGAGGCCGUCGGGUCUCCAACCAGGCAAAAACGGUUCGAGGAAAAGGAGUGCAGAAGAUGCAGACUCUUGCUCCACCGAGUGUAUGACUAAAAGGUCGCGUAGUAGCGAUGGUGGCGACGACGACGACAACGAUGACAAGUCGGAUGGUGCAGGAAGUCAGACGAUAACAGCCGCGGAGGAGAGACCCGGCAAACCCGAGGGCUGAGCGGUGCUUCAGCGGGCAAACAGCGCCAGAGCAGAGAGGAGAGACCUGUUGCUGAUGGAAUACUGUAGCUUUUUUUCUCAUCAUCUGACAGAGGGGAGAGAUUUUGUUUUUUUAAUUAUUUUUAUUUUUUUUUAAAGCAACCUUUUCCUGCAGAAGAGAGGAGGGAGAGGCUGCACAAGCACUGAACAUGUACACUAUCAAGUUUUGGCACUCAUAUUAAUUAAUUUGCCUCAGAAGCAGCAGACAAUGUAGCAUUGUGCAAAUUGAUUUUUGCUCAUUUGUUUUGUAUCUACUACCUAUGUUUCAGAUGUAGCACAUAAAAAAAGCAUAUUAUGCUUUUCAUACUUUUUUUGUUAAUUGUGUUUUAAGUGUAAGUGUGUGAAUUUGACAUGGGAAGUUGCAGUGCAAUUUCCAACAGAGAAAUAUUAUUUUUGUUAUAGUGGUCAUUUUUUAAAAAUCAUUAUUCAGGUAAUUGAUAUGAGUAAAAAAAGAAAAAUAAAUAAAUGCAGAUUUUUUUAAAAAAAAGUCAGGGUUAUGUGGAAACAAAAUGUCUUCACUUUUUCUAUGGCUUUAUUCUCCCAGUGUUAAAUAUCUUUAUUUUGAAGGUCCAGAUGGCCACACUGUAAGUUGAAGGUCCAUCUAACUGGGACUAGCCGUGAUAGAUAAAGUUUACACACAGAUCAUGUCUCCCUGUUUCCCAGUUUUAUGUCAUUAUUUUAUUAUAAUAAUUUUUUAAGGAUGGGGGAGGCCCAAAGUUUGUACCUUUAAAAAAAAAAAGAAAUUCUCUGGGUGAGGGGUGGGAGGGGGAGGGUGGCUAAACUGCUGAGCAAUAUCCAACCAAAUUUUCUUUUUUUAACAGUAUUUGCUAAUAAUCCUAAGAUUUAGCUUUUAUUUUGAAAUUAGGUAAGUUCAUAUUCUAUUUACUUUUAGGCCACAUAUCCUUCCCCUUAGUAAGUAAUGCAUGUUGUCCAGGUCAACAUAGAUAAACUAUGUUUAAAAAAAAAAUCACUGGGCCUUUUUCUUUUAUGCAAAUAUGUGAAUCAAAGAUUUGUUUUUGUGGUGUGGAAUUCAUGUGGAACAUGCAAUUGCACUAUUCAUUUCUCAUUUUAAGUGAGGGCAGAAAAACAAAGUGACACCACCUCACUCGGUGUAAAACUUUGAAGUGUACCUGUGUGCCUCAUUUUUUUUCUUUCUUUCUUUUUUUGAAAAACACUGAAAAAUUAUACUAACUUAUUUAUGUUGAGCUUUUUUUUUUUUUUCUAUCUUUUUUUUUCAUGGAUGUAUGUAUAGCUUCCCAAAGCAUAAUUUUUUGCAUUUUUUGUAAAUAUAUAUUUUCAUUAUUGUUUUUAAGAUAAAUAAAUAAAAUAGCAAAACUGAGCCUAAUAAUUGAUUUUA